CCAUGACGAUGCCGCGAUGCUGCGUUGCGUUCGCGUUCCACGUUGACGAAUUGACGACUACCCUGUUGACCCUCCACGUAGCCACGCGGCGCGAUGCUGGUAAUGGUAGCUGUCGCGUUAUGCCGAGGCAACGUCGCGUUGUAGGACGAACGUCAUCGUAGCGAGUGGAUGUGAGAUCAAAUUAAUCGGUAUUCUUAACAGAAGGAACACCUGCCGAGUGGUGGAUUAAAAUGAGAGGACUUAGGAUUUUUCUAUUUCUCGCCAUUUCGACGAUUGCACUCGCAGUCAAUGGAGGAUAUGGCGUUUAUGCUGAAGAAGAUGAGAAUAUUGACGAUAUUGUUGAUGUAGAAGGUGAAGAAAGCAGUGUAAUAACAGAUGAAGAAACAGUAGAAGAUACCAGUAAUGCCUCAGCUGAUGCUGAUACAACAAUACUUUUUACAAAACCUAUUUACAACACUUUAUCUACUCUUGAACUACCAGCUGGAAAUAUAGUAGAAUUUCUUGUGGGUUUUAUUAAUAAAGGUGAAAGUGAUUUUGUUUUGGAAUCACUGGAUGCCUCUUUCCGUUAUGCAAUGGACUUCAAUUUUCAUAUUCAAAAUUUCUCAACAUUCACAUUUAACAAGAUUGUGAAACCAAACCACGAAGCUACUUUAGCUUACUCUUUCAUACCAUCUGAAAGUUUUGCUGGAAGACCAUUUGGAUUAAAUGUUAAUUUAAAUUAUAGAGAUACGAAUGGGAUUUCAUACAAUGAAGCAGUCUUUAACGAAACUGUACAAAUCGUAGAGAUAGAUGAUGGUCUUGAUGGAGAAACUAUUUUCCUUUAUGUAUUCCUCGCAGCAUGCAUUAUACUAGCCCUUGUAGGAGGUCAGCAGUUAUUAUCAUCUUUGGGGCGCAAAUCACGUUCUUCUACUUCUCGUAAAACGGCAGUAGAAAUGGGCACAUCUAAUCCAAAUAAUGUAGAUUAUGAUUGGCUGCCAAAAGAAGUUCUAAAUAGAAUCAAUAAAUCUCCUAGAGCUCCAAAGCAAAGUCCAAGACAAAGAAAAGCAAAGAGAACAGCUGGUUCUGAUGACUGAAUAUUAUAUAUUAAUAUUUAUAUAUGUAUAUUAUUUAAAAUUGAUACGGAAAAAUCUCUGCAUUGUGCAAGAUAAUUGCAAUAAUUUUUUAAAAAUAAUUUAAAAUUCCAAAAUUCUAGUGAAACAAAUUGU